UUUCAGUCUACUUUCCCAAGGAGUCAUCCGAGAGCAUCUUUUCUUCUCUUCUGCACCCCGAGCUGUAGUUGAGACUUUGUGCUUCGUGCCUCUCGGCGCAGUUUGUGUUGCAGGUGCGUGGAGGAGCGCGAGGACAGAUGGCUGCGCUCGCGAUACAAAGGACUGACAACUUUUUGCACACCUUCUUACAGGACCGGACGCCCAGCUCCUCCCCAGAGGGAGCCCCCAACGCCCUGUCCUUCCUGGCCACCACCUGUAGCCAGGCCUGGCAGGUGGGGGGUGCGAUGGGCUCAGAAGGUUCCCAGUUCCCCUACGAGAGCACCGUCAGCUCCACAGCGGGGAUGUUCCAGCUCUGGAGCAACGAAAUGGCGCCCAGCUCAGCCCUCAGCACACACCAGAUGACCUUCACGGUGCCCAAGGUGCAGUUUCCCGGACACAUGCAGCCUAGUCUGGGUCACCAUCAUCAUCACCCCCAUCAUCACCACCACCAUGAGCUGCCUCUCACCCCUCCGGCUGAACCACCUUCUUCUUACUCUUUUGAACUCUCCCCCGUCAAAGUGCUGUCCUCACAGUCGCAGACUACCGGCUCCUAUUACCCUCAGCACAACAGUGUGGCACAAAACUUCCCCAGCUUCCUCCAGACCCCCUCGGCCCGGCAUCACCUGCCCGGAGGCCAUAUGGACGAAGGGCAGCAAUGGUGGAGCCUACCUCAAACCAAUGCCACCGCCUCCAACCAUCACUUCUCUCUCGGCAGACAGCUGGUUUUGGGCCACCAGCCACAGAUAGCUGCUCUUCUCCAAGGCACCUCCAAGGGCCUCCUGAGCUCCACACGCCGCUGCCGCCGCUGCAAGUGCCCCAACUGCCAGGCAAAUGGAGGGGGGUUAGAGUUUGGAAAGAAGAGACUGCACAUCUGCCACAUCCCAGAGUGUGGCAAAGUGUACAAGAAGACCUCUCACCUCAAGGCACAUCUGCGCUGGCACGCCGGGGAGAGGCCCUUCAUCUGUAACUGGCUCUUCUGCGGGAAAAGCUUCACCCGUUCAGACGAGCUACAGCGGCACCUCCGCACACACACCGGGGAGAAGCGCUUUGGGUGCCAGCAGUGCGGCAAGAGGUUCAUGAGGAGUGACCACCUCUCCAAACAUGUGAAGACCCACCAGACCAGGAAGAGCCGGUCUGCGCAGCCUUCACAGAGCACGGACCCGCUGCUCACCAAUAUCAAGAGAGAGUCAUCCAUCAUUCCACAAUAA